AUGGACGAAGUGAAACAGUUGUUGUCCGGACGUGUGCCUAUAACCCGAAAGGCCAUCGACAAAGAAACGUUUAUCCAGUGGUUGAAGACUUUGAUCGAAAUGCAAACCGUCCUGGAAUUCCUCUAUGUACAGUCUGCAUUCGGUCCCGUCGAUAAGAAUCAUCGAAGUCUGAUCAGUACAGUGAAACGUAAGGAGUUGACUCUCGGCCAGGAUUUGCGCUUGUAUCCAAUCUCCCCAACAGUGAGACAGAGUUGUAAAACGAGUUCUAAACCAUAUCGCGUACUCCCGGUUCGUUCGAUCGAACAGCGAAUCGACUCCUACGAACUGUUCAAGCCUCGUUUGCUCAGUGUUAUUGAGCACAAUGAACAGAACCCUUGUGUGCACCGAAAUGAAUAG